AUGGCGCCACGCAAGAAGACUGAAGAGAAAGCCUCAGCCAGCGAAGCUGCAGACAUGGUACUGCAGUACCUGCGCAAGCAGAACCGCCCCUACUCAGCAAUCGACGUGUCUGCCAACCUGCACAACAAGGUGACAAAAGCUUCGGCAGCCAAAAUCCUCAAAGACUUGCAUGAGCAGAAAUUGAUCGAAGGACGUGCAGCAGGCAAGCAGAUUGUAUAUCAUGCACUGCAGGACGCAGCAGACAUAUGCACGACAGAACAACUUGCCGCGCUCGACGCCACGAUCCUGCAUCUCCGCAGCCAAACAGCCACGCUGAAUGCGACGGCAAAAACGCUUCGGAGUGCGCUUUCGGCGCUCAACUCGACGCUGAGUACGGCUGAGCUGGUUGCGGGUGUGGAUGCGCUGGAGAGAGAGAAAGUGGAGAUUGAAGGGCGGUUGGAUGGGUUGAGGAAGGGUAAGGGGAGGAUGAUCACGCCGGCCGAGCGCAAGGCGAUUGAAAAGGAAUGGAGGGCGCGGGCGAGCGUGGCCAGGAAAAGAGAGAAGAUUGCAAAGGACAUGUGGAAGAUUAUUGCGGAUUACCUACCAGAUGAUGAGGCGAGGGAGGAGCAUCGGGAGAUGUUUGAUUUGGAUGGUUAG